UAGCCCACAUCACAUUGUCUUAUUUGUUUUCGGGAGCUCGUCCCCGCCUAGCAACGAGUCGGCUAAGAACUGGAUCCUAGCGAGGAGCCCGGCACAGACAGCGAAUGACCGCAGCCAGACAGUCGCUCUUGCUCUUCCUCGGCCCUGCGGCAGGAUCCGCCGGUGCAGGGGCCUCUCCUCGGACUCCACGCGUGUCUGGAGGGCUCUCGGGUUAGGGAAGGGGGCUUUGGAGACGCCCCGGGCGGCUGGGCGGUGGCGGGACGCGGGCCCUUUAAGAAGGAGCGCGGGGCGCGGCCAGGUAGGGGCGGGUCCCGGGCGGAUCAGCGCUGCGCCGGCGCCGGCCCGGGAGCCGGAUUUGGAACGCGCGGCGCUGGUGGGGGCGGAGGGGGCGGCGCGGCGGAGGCUUCCGUGGCCUCGGACGCUCCUUCUAGCUAGCGGCCGCCGCCCGCCGCCCGCUGCCGCCUGCGCCUCCAACUCCUUCGCCCCGGCGGGCCCGGCCGCCGCUUCCGGCAGCUCACCUGGGACGCGCUCACCUGGGACGCGCUACCUGCCUCUGGGCGCCUGUGCUUCAGGAUGAAGGACCGGCUGGAGCAGCUGAAGGCCAAGCAGCUGACACAGGAUGAUGAUACUGAUGAGGUUGAGAUUGCUAUCGACAACACGGCUUUUAUGGACGAGUUCUUUUCUGAGAUUGAGGAAACUCGGCUUAACAUUGACAAGAUCUCAGAACAUGUAGAGGAGGCUAAGAAACUCUACAGUAUCAUUCUGUCUGCACCGAUUCCAGAGCCAAAAACCAAGGAUGACCUAGAGCAGCUCACGACUGAGAUUAAGAAAAGGGCCAAUAACGUCCGGAACAAACUGAAGAGCAUGGAGAAGCAUAUUGAAGAAGAUGAGGUCAGGUCAUCGGCAGACCUUCGGAUUCGGAAAUCCCAGCACUCUGUCCUUUCUCGGAAGUUUGUGGAGGUGAUGACCAAAUACAAUGAAGCUCAGGUGGACUUCCGAGAACGCAGCAAAGGGCGAAUCCAGCGGCAGCUCGAAAUUACCGGCAAAAAGACAACCGACGAGGAGCUGGAGGAGAUGUUGGAGAGUGGCAACCCGGCCAUCUUCACUUCUGGGAUCAUUGACUCACAGAUUUCCAAGCAAGCCCUCAGUGAGAUUGAGGGACGGCACAAGGACAUUGUGAGGCUGGAGAGCAGCAUCAAGGAGCUUCAUGACAUGUUUAUGGACAUCGCCAUGCUGGUGGAGAAUCAGGGAUCCAUGAUUGACCGUAUCGAGAACAACAUGGACCAGUCAGUGGGCUUUGUGGAGCGGGCCGUGGCAGAUACCAAAAAGGCUGUCAAGUAUCAGAGUGAAGCCCGGAGGAAACGGAUUUCACUCCAGACUGGUGUGGCCACCCUUGUCUUCAGAUGAGAAUGGAGUCUGAAUGGCCUUCCUGAGAGCGAGUGCCACCCGUUCCUUUGUUUCCUUGCGACCACCCUUGGACCUGACUCAGCUAACAAUCUAGCCCUGGGGGAAUGUGAUCUACCUGAUGCGACCCUGAGUUCUCCUCAGAGCCUCCUCCUGCCCCACCAGCUCUCAAGUACCUUUUCUCCUGGACUGUGUGAACCCACCCAGCUUUCUUCCUCCCUGUUGUGUGUCAGAUUAUGCCUUGCACCUGGGAAAGCUCUUGUGAGACCCUCCCAAGGUGCUGUAUUUUUCUACCUCAUGGAGUAUUCUCCCAGAAACUGCAAUGUAUUUUUUUACGGGAGUAUCUUUAACAAAGCAGAAGGAUUCUUCUAAGUUCGGCAACAAGAAGGCUUGGAUCUGAGUCUUCUACCUGGCAGGAUGCCAAUCCUGUUUGUUGUCCGUAUGUCCUGAAAACAUGAGGGACUGGCAGAUGUCAUUUUGGUCUAAAGAGCUGACUUGUUUGAAAUUCAGCCUUAAAUUAAGCUCUUAGUUGUUCAGCUUGGGGGGCAACUUUGAUUUUUCUCUGUGUUGUAGUCUCUCAUAUUUACUCAAGGAGGGACCAGGAUGAUACAGUCAUCUGAGGUUAUGCUUUGCAAAAGGCUGACAGUAUGGAAUAUGUUUCCAUGUCUGAGUCUUAGAAACUGGCUGUUCAUUGUUAGAAAGUGAUGCUUUGUGAGACUAUUGUCUUGGGGACAAAAAUAAUCAGGGAUUUUAAAUUGGGCAAGGGACAAGGUGCUAGAAUCCUAAGCUCUGGAAAUAUUUCAUGACACUGGUGUAUUCACUCAUGUGUUCCAGAUGUAUUCUAAUUGUGUAUGAGAUAUAUGUACACAUAAGUGUGUGCCUCUCAGGAAGUAGGAAAUAAAAAUGGAAGCUAUUAUGACCUCAAAAAAAAAAAAAAAGCCAACUUUGGGCUAGGAUAAAAAUUGGGUUAAAGGACAUUUGCUUACCUGCAAAUGAAUCACUGCGGAAAUGUGAUCUUCCCAUAUCAUCAAGAAACUUGUUUUCUGGAUGAAUACUGGGAGAAUAAAAUGAGAACUCUGGAGUGAGCUAAAUUGAUCCCAAUUAAGUUUUUCUGCUUAGCAGACAGAAGGUAUAAUUUUUUGACACCCUUCCCCACCUGCUGCCUAUGCUAGGCUUGUCCUGAGAACAUCCCUCAGUAACUUGAUAUUCACAUGACCUACAGGAUGUCCCAUCUGCAGGGCUGAGUCAGUUGGGGAACACCAGAGGCUACACAGUAGCUCUUCCUGCUACUGGGUUAAUGAGCUUGGCAGGUUCUUUGUCUCACUUAAUUCUUAUCAUGGAAGCAGCAGCAGCAGCCGCCAGGAAAUCUUCAAGUGUAGUAUCUGUGCUAACCCAGUGGUAAAUCCCUUAGAUCCCCUGCUGGUCUCUGGCAGUCUCCUUGAUUUUGGGUACCAUGUAUAUUUUCAGCUUUGACUUUAAUGCUUUCUAGGAUAGGGUAAGCACCUUUAAUUCAGGCACUGUCCAUUAGCUUCCUUUGCAAAGGCUAUUUAUGGCCGGUCACAAUCCAGCACUCAGACAGAGCCAAGGCAAUAUCCUCUUGCCCAUGGCUAUGAUGUCAGACAGUGGAUGGGCUCCAGCAACAAGAGACAAAAUCACUAAAGGCCUUUGCUCUCCUCUGACAUUGAGGCCUGGGGCUUACAGUUUGGAAUACAACAUGUGAAGGUUUUUGUUGUUGUUUGUAUUUUUUAGAUGUAAACUUGAUUAUUUUAUUGCUAAUUUAAAAAUAAAAAUGACUUUGUAUUGAUUGUGAAA